GCGAUUCACAACGUCGCAUGUUUCCAAACGCAACGAGAAAUUGUUUGCUGAAAGUACUUGGAUGAUAUCAAGUGGCCGGUUCAAUUAUUCAGCAUCGUGUAAAUAAUACUUUGCGAGAUAAAGCGGCGCAAAAUAAUAAGAAAUAUCAAAGCUGAAAAUAUUGUGAACUUAUUGUAAAUUUUAAAAGGCAGCUGCAUAUUCGUGAUUCUUCCUGUUAUAACGAUUUGUUAUUAUAUCACUUGUUAUACUUAAUAUUCAACAAAAUAUGACUUAAAUGACGCAUAUUUUAUACUAAAUGACGAAGCGGUAUUCAAUGAUAAAAUUCUGAUAAUCCGGUGAUCGCUGAUUCAAGUGUUGAAUUAAAAACGUUGAUUUAACCGACAUAAUAAACGCGUUCGCAGAUAAUGGAUGUCUUCUUUUUACUGUGCACUUUGUGUGUGAUUGCUGUGAUUUCUGUAAUCCUUCCAAGAAUAUAUCAGCACUAUGUUCUUCGAAAAAAAUUGAAACGCCUUCCUCAAAUCAAAGCAAAUCCUAUCUUUGGUGUAAUAUUUCAAUUAUUAAAAUUAUCGGAGUGGGAACGCGUACUAUGGUUUUAUGAUUAUAUGAAACAGUAUAAAAAUGGUAUAUAUGGAUACUGGCUCGGAAACAAGCCUUUUGUUAAUAUAUAUCAUCCAGACUAUUUAGAGGCCAUUUUCCCCAGCACUGUAAACAUCACAAAAGGAGAACCUUAUGACAUGUUAAGACCUUGGUUGGGCAAUGGACUUCUUACAUCUACAGGUAAACAAUGGUUCCAUGAUAGGAGACUCAUUGGGCCAACGUUCCAUUUUAGUAUAUUAAAUCAAUUUGCUGUGAUUUUGUCUGAAAAAGCAGAGAUCUUGACAAAGUGUCUCGAGAAAGAAAUAAGAAAAGAUCCAGGGAAAGCUAUUAAUAUUUUUCCAUUUAUUAUCAAUGUUGCUCUCGACAUUAUAUGCGAAACGGCAAUGGGCGUGAAUGUUCGUGCCCAAGAAGUUGUAACCGAAUAUACGUCGACAGUACAUAAAACUUCUACGUUAAUACUUGAACGAUUGUUUCGACCAUGGCAUUGGAGUGACUUGUUGUAUUAUUCGUUUCCUGCAGGAAAGCAGUAUAAAUCAGCGCUUAAUAUAUUGCAUAGAUUUACAAAAGAGGUGAUAAUUAAAAAAAAGAGCGCCCGAGAAAAACAAAACGGCCAUGUGGAAUUUGAAGAUAAAAAUGAUGAUUCUGAUAUAGGUAAACGAAAGAGAAAAGCUUUUCUAGAUUUAUUACUAGAUCAGAAUGAAAAAGACGACACCCCGUUAACCGACGACGAAGUGAGAGCGCAAGUUGAUACGUUCAUGUUUGAGGGCCAUGACACAACUGCAGUAGCCAUGACUUGGGCACUGUUCCUUUUGGGCAGUCAUCCUGAACAUCAAGAAAAAGUUCACAAAGAACUUGAGGAGGUUUUCGGGGAUUCGGAAACACCAGCUACUGUAAAAGAAUUGUCGGAAUUAAAAUAUCUCGACAGAGUCAUAAAAGAGACGCUCAGAUUAUAUCCAAGUGUACCUAUGAUCACGAGAGAAUUAGUAGAAGAUGUAACAGUCGGUAAUUAUACGUUUCCGAAAGGUAUUACGGUUGUAUUGGCGAUCUUGUUAACGCACCGAAACCCGGUUGUAUGGCCAGAUCCGGAUAAAUUCGAUCCGGAUCGCUUCCUUCCGGAAAACUCGGCAAAUAGGAAUCCAUAUGCCUACGUUCCAUUCAGCGCUGGACCGAGAAAUUGUAUAGGCCAGAGAUUCGCUAUGCUCGAAGAGAAAACCGUGUUAACUGCUAUUCUCAGAAAGUGGAGGGUGAAAAGUGUGAAAACGCCCGAUAUGGUUAAGUAUGGCGGAUCCAUUAUUUUACGACCAAAUGAAGAUAUACCUAUACAUUUCAUACCGAAGAAAUAAAAAAAAAAACAAUUUAUCGGUAAAUAUAUUCUUUUGCAUAUGAAGCGACUCUUUCCGAAUUUUUAUCGAUUAUAAAAUUUAAAUUACAAAUAUCAUUAUAUCACAUGUAUCCUUAUAGUGUAUUUCUGUAUACAUGUAUAUAAUAAUUAAUUUUAAUUUUGAAAAUAUAUAGUAUGUUUUUUUUUAAAUAUUAAAUGCUGGUUAAAUGCUUAUUACAGCGAAACUUUUAUGAUAAUAACACGUUGUAAUUAUUGUUUAAUACAAUUCGUUCUCUCUUCCGGCAAACGAUAUCUUAAAAAAGAUUGUUUAAUAAAGAUGAUAAAUAU